GCAAAGCUCCUCUUCGCUCUCUAUCAUCUGCAGCAUAAUGCAACAGAGCAGUAACGACAAAAUGUAAACUCUAGGCGUUAUUGCCAAUUCACAGACAUGAAAGAGGAAUCUUGUGCUCCUCCAAAUCAUUAGAACAAUGAGAAUUCACUGCAAAGUUGUUGUGAUCGCUGUCUGUUUAGGAGUUUUUCUACUUUUGUACUUUUUGGGGGGGAAUGCUGCAGACGAUCCGCCUUUGAAAGAAGUUGCGGAGGAUUACUAUUUUCCAACGUCCUCUGGGCUUGGAAACAUUGUUGCAUCGAAGUUAACAAAAAAGCCUCUCGAUGAACUUCACAUUCUACAGAAACAACCACUCACGGACCGAAAAGAAGCGAAAGUAGUCAGUAGAGGAGGCAAUGCGAUCGCAAAGCGACAGAGGAGUGACAUGGGACUGGGCAGGCUCUCAUCGAAGCACGCCCGAGCUGAAGAAGUCAUGCACCUGGCCGUGGUGGCCUGCGGGAACCGCCUGGACGAGACGCUUACCAUGGUCAAGUCGGCCCUCCUCUUCAGCAUCAAGAGGAUCAAGUUCCACAUCUUUGCCGAGGACCCCUUGGCCUCUCAGUUUGAAAAGAAGCUGAGCCAGUGGGCCCGUGCCAUCUCCAACAAGUUCCAGUACAGUAUCUACCCAAUCACGUUCUCUGUGGGGAAUGCAGAGGAAUGGAAAAAGCUGUUCAAGCCCUGUGCUGCCCAGAGGCUGUUUCUCCCUGUGAUCCUGAAGGACGUGGACUCUCUACUCUACGUGGAUACAGAUGUGCUGUUCCUCAGGCCCAUGGAUGAUAUGUGGAGUUUCCUCAAGGCCUUCAACACCACCCAGCUUGCUGCUAUGGCCCCAGAGCAUGAGAUCCCCAAGAUUGGCUGGUACAGCCGCUUUGCACGCCACCCCUUCUACGGGGUCACCGGGGUCAACUCUGGAGUCAUGCUGAUGAACCUUACAAGGAUCCGAAGAACUUUGUUCAAAAACAGCAUGAUACCCAGUGGCCUGUCAUGGGAGGACCUCCUCCACCCACUCUACCAGAAGUACAAGAACCACAUCACUUGGGGCGACCAAGACCUCCUCAACAUUAUCUUCCACUACAACCCAGAGUCUCUGUACAUCUUCCCAUGCCAGUGGAACUACAGGCCUGAUCACUGCAUGUAUGGGAGCAACUGUAAAGGAGCGGAACAGGAAGGUGUGUCCAUUCUCCACGGGAACCGAGGAGUGUAUCAUGAUGACAAGCAGCCAGCUUUUAAAGUAGUGUAUGAUGCAAUACAUGCGUACCCCUUUGAGGACAACAUGUUCCAGUCGCUGUUCUAUCCCCUCCAGACCAAGUUUCUGGACACUGUCAACACCCUGUGUGGUCGGAUUCCCCAGGUGUUUCUCAAACAGGUAGAGAAGACCAUGAGGACCGUGUAUGAGAAGAAAGUGGUGCGUCAUGUGAAGCCUCCACCUAAAUAACUACAGGAAACUGGAUAGAGGAAGUUGUUUCUGACUUCACUAUGGGAAUCUUUCUGUGGAAGAUGUGCAAUGUCAGGAGUCCCCAGACCAGACUGCCAUAUUAUGACUGACUGAACAAGUAUGGAAACUGAUUGAUGGAGUCGGAAUGCGUUGCACAGCACAGUGGAUCACAAAUGACAUUCCAUUUGAUUGGAAUGGUGGAAUGGAUCAUGAUGAUCAUGUAGGACAGGCAUUCAGUGCUGGUCAAUGAUGCCGUGUGUGGGGUAAGCUUGCCUUAUCACCCACUUAAUUGUUUUUACAGAAACUGAUUUACAGGUAAAAAUGUGAUUGGCUUCAUUUGUUUAAUACCUUUUUUAAGUACAAUGCUUUCUUCAGGUCAGGAUAAGUCCUGGUGGAGAGAAUUAAGUGGGACUUAAAAAAAUGGCAGAGGUAAUUUUGUUUCUCUUAGAAUGUGCAUGGAAGUGUCUGCCGUAACACCUUUAUACCUGAGGCUUCUGGAAAUGGUUUGAAGUGUUCCUACUCUGCCUGGAGGUCAGCGCCUAACUGAUCCUUUUAUGUCAAACAAAGCUAAUAGGUCUUUGCUUAACCAGAGCUUUCUGUCAAAGACAAAAUCACUUGCAUAUCUGUACAUGUGGGAAUGAGUGGAUGUGAUUCAAUUUGUCCAGUUCGCCAAAUUCCAAUGACAGUAUUAAACACAGUAUCAUGAACAUAUCAUACACUAGAAAUGACCAUUCAUAUUUUGUAUAGAAGAUGUAUAGGUAAAUGCCCUAUUGCAGGGGUAGGCAACCCUGUUCCUGGAGUGCCGCAGACACUUCAUGUUUUUGCUUUAGCUGACCUGGAAGACCAGGUGUGUUGAAUUUAUGCAAUCACUGAAGUGAUCAACUAGGUCAGGUGUGGUGCCUUAGUUGGAACAAAAAUCCUGCAGUACUUCAGGAACAGGGUUGCCUGCCCUAUUGCAUUGCUGUAAUAGUUUGACUUGUGCAAAUAGAACAGGGCAUGCAUACCAUUAGUCCUCUAUUCAAUUGUCAAAGCAUUGCAAAUCCCUAUAUGAAAAAGCAGUGUAGUUGUCGCAGAUCAAAACUACCAAAGUGCUAGUGCUUAUAGUCGGACAGUAUUUUCAAAACAAUAUGUGCCAUGUGUAUUAUUAAAUGCUCUUAAAUGUUUCUUUUGUUUGUGCAAGAAAAGGACAGUAAACUUAAUGAAAGUGUCUUGCUAUAAAGUCAUACUAUCAGUGAGUGAUACAGUAUGUGGACUCUGGGUCAACAAACGCAAGGAUUUCUAAUGUGAUGUUCGUGGAGCCUACUCCGUCGAUUGUCAUGUGUGUUUACCGGUAAUCAUUUAAACUGGAAACUCAAGAUGGUUGUAUUUAUACAUGCUUAUGUUUACUCUUUUUUUCCAGAAUAAAGAAAAUGCCAACA